CAGAAUUUAUGUCGCGACUCUUCGCGCUUGAGAUUUUAUAGCCUUAUAAAUAUCAGAUAUGAAUUUACAUUUGUUUCGCAUUUAUAGUAUAGUAGCUCUUUUGAAUUUAUUUACUUAUAUAAACGCCCGAGAAUUUAGAGUCACUGACAAAGUAUUUCUCGACUUUCAAAGCGAAGAUAAAGCGUUAGGCAGAGUUGUUAUUGGGUUAUUUGGUGAUUUAGCGCCCAAAGCAGUGAAAAACUUUAAAGUACUUGCAACGAAGGGAAUAAAAGGGAAGUCAUAUAAAGGAACAUGUAUCAAUCGGAUUCUAAAGAGGUUUAUAGUUCAAGGUGGUGAUGUGGUUUCUGACAAUGGAAGUGGUUCGAUUAGUAUUUAUGGAAAGUAUUUCGAUGAUGAAAAUUUGGACACCCAACACACUCUUGCUGGUUUUGUUUCAAUGGCUAAUAAAGGAAAGAACACGAAUGGAUGUCAGUUUAUCAUAACCUUGAAAGGAACACCUUGGUUGGACGGGCUACACACAGUCAUUGGAAAAGUUGUCGAAGGUCAGAACGUGGUGCAUAUGAUAGAACAUACUCCCAUCGAUGUUGACGAUCGCCCGACCAAGCGGGUCUACAUCUCAGACUGUGGCUUGCUGGAAACGGAUCCGUUUUAUAUCACUGACGAUCCAUACGAUUUGUGGUCUUGGCUAAGAGCUGCGGGAGUUCCACUGACCAUGUCAUUCUCAAUUCUUGGCUUCUUUCAUUGGUUGAUAACCAAAAUGAACAUUUGAGAUAUUUAUUUACUGAAACCCACGUAUUGGUAAAUAAUAAA